UUAACGAGGCUUGCAACAGUAGUGUUGACAUCACGUCAGUGGUUUUGUGUGGAGGCGGUAUCAUACUGACCGAGUAACUGAUAAACUCUUCACAAUGAUGUUCUCAAUGUCCUGCUGAAGAAGCAAGUGCUUCCGUCCGGGUUUUUCUUUUUCCUUCCACAAAGCAGUUCUUCUGCUCAGCUUCAAAAAAUCUCUGAACGGUUUUACAACUGUUUGGACUGAAAAUGGGCCGAAACGUGAAAUGUUACCAUUUUUUUGUAUCUGCUAUUGUAUUACUAGCAUUCAUGAUACAUCUAGUCACUUCCAGAGGCUAUCUUGUCCAAGAUUCCAGAACGACAUCAGAUUUAGCAAAUGCUUUGUGCAGCAAAAAUGCGAGUAUUGCCAUUUUGUUUCGUGAAAUGUCUUCCCGACCUAGGCCAUUUAGUCAUACGAUUGUAACUAUUGACUUCCUGGUUACGGAUUACAGACUUACGUUUGGAAUUGAUCCAAGUAAAGGACAAAUGUUAUUAACCGUGAAUGGACCUUCAAACUUGGAACAAAAGUACCGCAUUCCUGGAAAUUUAUCAGCUGGCGAACACAUAGCCAUUUUUGUUCCCGAUCCGAGAGACUCUACACCGGCCACUUUGAGAGUAUACGUAAAUUGCACGCUGCAACAGACGAUAGAAUUGCCCAAAUCUAUGUUCGACAUGCUGCAACAGAAUACAGAAGUGCAAGUGGAGCGAGACAGAAAAAUGAAUGUCACUAUUUUAACCGGAGUGUCUUGGCAGAGAGCCCUUGAGCUUAGUGGAUGUCACGUGAGACAGGCAGCCCAAAGCACCCAACCAGAUUACGAAGUCUAUUAUAAUGUAAGAGAACAAGAACUCCUGACUCGGACAUUGACGGAACUUACAUUAGCACUUAAAGAAAUGCGCAACAAUAUAGAAUUACAGACUCGAGAAACAAAAUACUUGAGAGAAGCACUUCAGAACUGCGCUAUGUGUAGAGAAGAGAGAUCAUGCCGAGACAGACCUUGCUUCCAAGGAGUAGUUUGCACUGAUACUCCUGGCGGAUUUCGAUGUGGUUCCUGUCCAAGAGGAUUCGUGGGCGAUGGUAUCACAUGCAAGCCCGAAAUCACUUGCAGAGACAGACCUUGCUAUUUGGGAGUCAGAUGUUAUGAGACCGAAAAUGGUUACCGCUGCGGUCCAUGUCCAUCCGGAUACACAGGAGAUGGAAUUACGUGUAAACCACUUGACAGAUGCGCUGAAAACCCUUGCUUUUCCGGAGUAAGAUGCACCAAUACAGAUUCUUCUCCGUGGUUCCGAUGUGGUCCUUGCCCUGAAGGCUUCUCUGGAAAUGGAACUCAUUGUGAAGAUAUUGACGAAUGUGAUUUAGCAAGCCCUUGCUACAGGGAUGUAACGUGCAGGAAUACCGCUCCAGGUUAUCGCUGUGAUGCCUGCCCUGUGGGGUACACCGGUCCGUCUGUGGAAGGAAUUGGAAUGGAAUAUGCACUUUCUGUGAAACAGAUUUGUUAUGACGUAGAUGAAUGCCAGACGAAUAACGGAAGAUGCGCAUUAAAUUCUCGAUGCAUAAACACAAUGGGGUCUUACAUUUGUGGAGAAUGUCGAGAGGGUUAUGUUGGGAACCAAAGCGUCGGCUGUCAUCAACAUCCGGGAUCUUGUCCAGAUGGCACCAUUUGUGACCCCAAUGCUGAAUGUGAACUCAGAAGAGGGUUUCUCCAUUAUCAGUGCAGAUGCCGCAUCGGCUGGGCUGGAGACGGUCAUAUGUGUGGUCCUGACAGUGAUUUAGAUGGAUGGUCCGAUUUCGACUUGAGGUGUGACAACGAAAGAUGCAAAGCAGACAAUUGCCCAGUGACUCCAAACAGUGGACAGGAAGACGCUGAUGGAGAUGGAUUAGGCGACGCCUGUGAUAAUGACGCCGACAAUGAUGGUGUCCCCAAUAACCCACCUUUAGAUAACUGUCCCUUGACUGCGAAUCCAAAACAAGAAGAUACUGAUGUAGAUGGACCUGAUCGAAGAGGUGACGCUUGCGAUAACUGUCCUAAAAUACCGAAUCCAGACCAGGCAGAUUCAGAUGGAGAUGGUAUAGGGGAUGCUUGUGACCCAGACUCGGAUCAGGAUGGGUUUGGAGAUCCGGAUGACAACUGCCCUCGGGUCACGAAUCCAGAUCAGUUGGACAGCGACGGAGACGGGCUUGGCGAUGUUUGUGAUAACUGUCCUUUUGUCGCUAACCCAAGUCAAACCGAUUUGGACAAAGAUUUAGUCGGUGACGCUUGUGACAAUAAUUUAGACAACGACUUUGAUGGCAUCCAGAAUAAUGUAGACAAUUGUCCCGAAAUUCCUAACAGCGAUCAACUUGACACAGAUGGCGAUGGAAAAGGCGAUGUCUGUGACAAUGAUAAAGAUAAUGAUGGAUGGAUAGACAGCGAUGAUAACUGCCCUUUGGUUUAUAAUCCAGAUCAGAAAGAUACCAAUCGCACUGGAGUCGGUGAUGCCUGCAGAACAGAUUUUGAUGGUGACGGUGUUCCUGAUGACAAAGACGUCUGCCCAGACAACAGAAUGGUAUACGCUACCGAUUUCAGAGCAUAUCAAACUGUGGUUCUAGAUCCGGAAGGGGAUUCUCAAAUUGAUCCUCAUUGGGUAAUUUAUAAUCAGGGAGCAGAAAUUGUCCAGACGAUGAACAGUGAUCCAGGAUUGGCUGUAGGUUUCCAUGCCUUUGGUGGCGUUGAUUUUGAAGGCACAUUUUUUGUUGACACAGAAAUCGAUGAUGAUUACGUAGGAUUUGUUUUCAGCUAUCAAGACAAUUCUAAUUUUUACACUGUUAUGUGGAAGAAAAAGACUCAGACUUAUUGGCAAGCGACGCCUUUCAGGGCAGUGGCGGAGCCAGGCAUUCAACUGAAACUUGUAACGUCAGCAACAGGUCCUGGACAAAUGAUGAGAAACGCUCUAUGGCACACUGGAGACACGGCCAAUCAGGUCAGACUAUUGUGGAGAGACCCGAAGAAUGCCGGUUGGAAAGAAAAGGUAGCUUACAGGUGGUUGUUGCUUCAUCGACCUAAAAUCGGACUUAUCAGAUUGAGAAUCUUCGAAGGCGAGAACAUGGUAGCGGAUUCUGGGAAUAUUUACGAUAGUAAACUGAAAGGUGGACGGUUAGGAGUCUUCUGUUUCUCUCAAGAAGCUAUCAUCUGGUCAGAUCUGGUAUACAGAUGUAAUGAGGCAGUACCGUCAGCCAUCUAUCAAGAUUUGCCGAGACAGUUGCAAGCUAUGACAGAGAUAGACACAACACGACCCAGUGACAUCAUCCAGGUGGGUCGUAGGAGAGUUGGUGACUUUCCCGCUGCCACCAGACCCCAAAUGGUGGCGGACCAGUCCCAGGAACAGAUGGUGGGAGAUCAACCCGAAGAAGAAUUGGCGGAAGAUCAGAUUGGCAGAUGAGAUUGGCAGUCUUCGGCCUUGCAUUGUAAUUACCGAUAUUGAAUCUCCACGCCGGUUAGAUUUGUGAGCUAACUUCUCGUUUAGCUGAUCUGAGUACCAUUUGGUUACUAGCUUAUUUAAUUUAAAAUUUUACUGUUACUUUACAUUAAGUUAUCGAUAAAAUUUUACUGUUACUUUAAAUUACUUUAAGUUUAAGACUGUUACUUUACGUUAUCGUGCCAUAAGCGCCGGAUGAGCUGUAAGCAUCAUCUGUGCCUCCUAUUCUUCUUAGUUUUAAAUAAAAGGUCUUUUAAAUCCUU